AUGCGAACUCUGGACUCGACGCUUUCGUCCGUCAAAGUGAUCCUGGAGGAUCAGAGCGUAUCGCCUCCGUGCCUUUGUUCAUACCACCUCUACCCUGGACAGAUGCUGCGUUUUGGCCGAGAGCCAGACGCCAAUGAUGUUGCCAUCGUGCACAGUGCUGUCUCAAGAAAACACCUUGAAUUCUAUGUCAUCAUGUUCGACGACAGUCCAGAUCAUCAACCAAUGGUCUAUGUCAGGGACAGGCAGUCGACGAAUGGGACAUUUGUAAAUGGCUAUCUCAUUGGCCAAGGGGCACUCAAGACUCCUGGGAGACUGCUUUCCAAUUGUGAUUUCGUGACGAUUGAGCCACAUUGGAGGUUCACGAUAGACCAAGAUGACACCCCCACCGUCAGGAAUUCUUUACCCCCAUUGCGGCCAGCGGAUGCAAAGGUGAAUUUUGUGAUUCGAAGUCUUGGAAGUGGAGCUUAUGCCACAGUCUUUCUUGCCGAGGACAGAAAGACUCAUCGGCAGGUCAUGUGCAAAGCUCAUCGGUUGGACAGGCUUCCAGGCGAUUACAUCCUACGCGCUGAGCAAGAAGCUGUCAUCCUCAGUCAGUUGGAUCAUCCCAACAUCAUGGCUUUCAAGCAGGCCUAUCGGACAGAUACAGCUUUCCUUCUCUUCGCCGACCUUGCCACAGGUGGUGAUCUCUACUCACUCUUAAUCGCUCGCGGCUACUUUUCCGAACUUGAGACCAAAUGGAUAGUUCGACAGAUUGUUUUUGCCGUGGAUUAUAUGCACACCAAGGGGAUAGCCCAUCGUGAUCUCAAGCUUGAGAACAUCAUGUGUGCUGUGUUUCCAUCAUCGACAGAUAGGUUCCUACUCGGAGUCAAGGACGUCUUCAAUCACAAGUCGGUACAUCCCGACACCAAGCGCCAGAGCUUCUCCUUGACAGCUACGAGCAUGGAUUUGGUGUAG